CCGCGCACACGCCCCCUCCCUCCUUCCCUCCACGCCGAGGCGGGGGAAGCCUCUCCCGGGGCUUUGCGCCCUUAGCAAGAUGCUCCUGCUCGGCGCUCAGGAGCCGCCUCAGAAGGACCCUCUCAGCUCCGGAUAGCGAGCGGCGUCGGCGUGCCCAAGCAACCGGGAGGAGGAGAGGGGGGUGCUGCCGGGCUUUUUCCCUGCCUCCUUCCACCCGCUUCGGGGCGGCGACUGACUGAGGCUGGGCUCCGCUAACCCAGCAGCCGGUGCAGCGCCGAAACCCGGCUGGGUGGCGGCUCGCCUGAGGCGCACGGAUGUCGGUGUCCAGGUGCGGCGGCGGCGGCGGCAGUGGCAGUGGCGCUCGACCCGCGCGCUCUGUGCAAGGCCGGGACUGGAGAGUAUGUAUGACCAACUGCCCUACGCUGAUUGUUAUGGUUGGGCUCCCAGCAAGAGGGAAGACCUACAUCUCAAAGAAAUUGACACGCUACUUAAACUGGAUUGGAGUACCCACAAAAGAAUUUAAUGUUGGUCAGUAUCGGCGAGACUUGGUAAAAACAUACAAGUCUUUUGAGUUCUUCCUGCCAGACAAUGAAGAAGGCCUGAAAAUCCGAAAACAGUGUGCCUUAGCAGCACUGAAUGAUGUUCGGCGAUACCUUUGUGAAGAAAAUGGGCAUGUGGCAGUUUUUGAUGCCACAAACACAACAAGGGAACGCAGAGAAACCAUCUAUAAGUUUGGGGAGGAAAAUGGGUAUAAGACUUUCUUCGUGGAGUCAGUAUGUGUUGAUCCAGAAGUCAUUGCUGCAAAUAUUGUGCAAGUGAAGCUGGGAAGUCCUGAUUAUGUUGACUGUGGUAGCGAUGAAGCUGCAGAAGACUUCAUGAAAAGAAUUGAGUGUUACAAGAAUUCAUACGAGACGCUAGAUGAAAAUCUAGACAAGGAUCUUUCUUAUAUUAAAAUAAUGGAUGUUGGACGGAGUUACCUCGUGAACCGAGUAAUGGACCACAUUCAGAGUCGGAUUGUUUACUACCUCAUGAAUAUCCACGUAACUCCUCGCUCCAUCUACCUCUGUCGGCAUGGUGAAAGUGAACUCAAUCUAAAGGGAAGAAUAGGAGGAGACACCGGGCUGUCUCAUAGAGGGAAAAAGUUUGCCAAGAGUUUGGCACAGUUCAUUAACGAGCAAAACAGCAAAGACCUGAAAGUAUGGACGAGCCAAAUGAAAAGGACCAUUCAGACUGCAGAGGCUUUGGGAGUGCCUUACGAACAGUGGAAAGUUCUGAAUGAAAUAGAUGCGGGAGUCUGUGAAGAAAUGACAUAUGAAGAAAUUCAGGAACAUUAUCCAUUAGAAUUUGCUUUGAGAGACCAGGACAAAUACAGAUAUAGAUAUCCUAAGGGGGAGUCAUACGAAGAUCUUGUUCAAAGGUUGGAGCCAGUGAUUAUGGAGUUGGAAAGGCAGGAAAAUGUGCUUGUAAUCUGUCACCAAGCUGUUAUGCGCUGUCUGCUUGCUUAUUUUCUGGACAAGCCUGCAGAACAACUGCCUUAUCUCAAGUGCCCACUGCAUACUGUCUUAAAGCUAACCCCAGUGGCUUAUGGUUGCAAGGUGGAAUCUAUAUUUCUGAAUGUUGAAGCUGUAAAUACGCACAGAGACAAACCACAGAAUGUAUGCGUUAGCCGCUCUCGAGAAGAAGCUUUGAGGACUGUACCUAAUCAUUUGUAGCACCUUUGACCUCCCCUUGCCAGCACCGUCCCAAACUGCUGAAGCAGUGCUAAGGAAACCACUCAGGGGCCUGAGAAUGAAGGCAGCCUUCAAGGAAACCAAGCAACACAAAAAUGCAUGCACUCCUCCUCUUCUUGAAGACGGCGUUUCAACUGCCUGGGUCUGGCACAAGGCAAAGUUGGCAUUAAAGGUUGAAAUGGACCAAGUAUUUGUGGAACAGAGAAUGAAAUUGCUUUUAAAUUAAUAUAUGUUGUCUUUAUCCUGUUGUUCUUCGACUGUGGAUGUUAAAAGUGUGAAAUGCUGGUGUCUCUCUUAAUGCUGUAUCUUAACUUUCUUCUGCAAUACUUUCCUAAGCCUUUCUUGCUGUGAUUUCCUGUUUUAUUCCUAUAUUAUAUAUAAAAUCUUUACCGAACAUAGAA